AUGGAUAGUUUAUUAAAACUCCCACAAUUACGUUCAUCUACCGAUACUAAAGGUUUACGGCGUCUUUAUGAUCAAAUCGAAGCACACGUGAGAGGGCUAAAAUCGUUAGACGUGCCAGACACGGAAUACGGGGCGUUGUUAUUACCGAUUUUAAUCGGCAAAAUACCCGACGAAAUACGCAUUUUACUCGGUCGCAAAAUGACAGGCGAAUCAUGGAAUUUGAAUACGUUACUUGAGAAUUUUCGCGAGGAAUUGGAAAACCGGGAAAGAUGCGAAGGAAUUCAAGCUUUAUCUUUUAGAGACGGUCGAAAUUUCAACGAACAACGAGGAGGGAGAAAAUAUUCGAACACGCCAUUUACGGCAGCAGCGCUAAUGACGAGUAAGACAACUAUUAACUGUUCGUUUUGUCAAAAAGAACAUACGUCAGCUAGUUGUUUUGUUGUUACGGAUAUCGAAGCAAGAAAACAGAUCUUACGAAAGCAAGGACGAUGUUUUUUGUGUCUGAAACGAAAUCAUAUUGCUCGGGAUUGCGAAUCAAGGUAUAUGUGCAAAUAUUGCUCGGGAAAGCAUCAUGUUAGUCUGUGUAAUAAUAAUUCGAGACAGUCCUUAGCAACAAAUUCGAGACAGUCCUUAGCAACGAGACAAGAAUCAAAUUCCAGACAGCAAUUAGGAAAUGUACAAGAUAGUCUAGCUAAAGAACAAACAACACAAUUAAGGGACACGAAAGACACAGGAAACACGAAAGAGACCAGAAAUUAUCACGCAUGUUUACAAGAUUCAGUCUCAUUACAAACAGCCAAGGCGAAAGUUGGCGUUGGAAACAAGAAAUUGACCACUGGCACUGAGGUAAGAGUUAUUUUUUAUUCGGGCAGCCAGAGAAGUUAUUUAACCCAACGAGUGCGAAAUAAGUUGCAAUUGCCCACAGGAAGUACAGAAUCUUUACGAAUAAAAACAUUCGGAGAAUGCGAAACUGAACUAACUGGUUCUUGUGAGACAGUGAACUUAGCAGUUGGGGACAUUACUGGUAGAACUAGAACACAAGUAGAAGCAUUUGUCGUGCCAGUGAUUUGUGCACCGCUAGGAAAUCAAGAAAUUGACCGAGCCCAAGUAGAGUACAAACAUUUGAGUGACUUAAACUUAGCUGAUAAUAAUGAAGGGGACGGUGUAGCAGAGAUAGAUUUAUUAAUUGGAGCUGAUCAAAUCGGUAAAUUUUUCACUGGCAAGAUAAGACGGGGGGAGAAUGCCAAUAGUCCAAUCGCAAGCGAAACAAUCCUGGGAUGGGUUUUGUCAGGCCCAAUGCCAUCAAGAAAGAAAACUACUCUGUCUUCUGUGAACUUUGUUUCAACUCAUGUGUUGAGAGUAGCAGCCGAAUUGCCAAGUGUGGAGAAUGAAAAACAACCUGAGGAGUUAUUACAUCGUCUGUGGGAUUUAGAGUCAAUUGGUAUAACAGACAAAGAGACGGUUUUUUUUUUAUUAUUAUUAUUAUUAUUAAAUUGAAACCACAUUGCAGCCAGAAGCUGAAUUGCGUGGAUUACAUAUUAUCACAUGCACUACAUAUAAAUAUAUUAUUAAUACAAUAUUAUAAAAACCCACCCACGAUCAAAAUUCGAUUAAAAUAAGCAUAAAAUCUAUCCUACAAACUUCCUACACAUAGCAGGGAUAAAAGAGUUAUAAAAGCGGUUCGUGCGUGUAACGUACAUAUUAAAAUACCGAUUCGUCCUGAAAGAAUAAUCAGUCUCGUUCUUCGGGGGCAGCAGAUGAUGAAGUUUAUGCAUUGGAUCCUUGAUGAUACUCGUAAAGAGUUUGUCACACAUGUCCUCUCUUCUUUGAAAUAGAGUAGGCAGUCUAAAAUACUCAAGGGCCUCACAAUAUGUCAUUUCAGGAGAUAAAAUUUUUAGCACACGUUUCUGGACAGUCUCAAGUUCGUCUGCCAAAUACUUUGGGAUGGAAUGAUGGAAGGCUUGCGCACAAUACUCGAGCACAGGCCUGAUCACUGUACAAUAAAAGUUCAAGACAUCAUUGACAUUUACGCUUGCCCGUUUCAAUAAUACUAUAAAAUAGAGGCGUUUAUUAGCUUUCUUUAUACUCUCUCUGAUGUUAUCUUUCCACUGAAGUGUGCCUGUCAUAACAAGACCCAAUAUUUUUGCACUCUCAACUAUAGGCAAUGCUUCUCCACCCACCAGUACAGGAUCAAAAUGUUGUUUAAUUCUUUUAAAAUCGAUUCUCAGUUCUUUACAUUUCUCAGUGUUAAGAGAUAGCCCAUUUGCCUUCGACCAAUCUUCCACAACAUCAACUGCGACUUGAACACGGCUCUCUGUGUCCUUACUAACUACUUCAGCAACUGUUGUGUCAUCAACAAACUUCCACCUCGAUAUAUCACAAAUAUCAAGAUCGUUUAUCAUUAAACAAAAUAGCCAGGGCCCUAAUUUUGUACCUUGAGGGAUACCGGAAAGUACAUCUCCCCACUCCGAAUAACAGUCAUUGGAUAAUUUCACUCUCUGCUUUCGAUUCAUCAAAAAAUCGAUUGUCCAGCGAGCAACCGCACGUGGAAUAGCUAAAUUGGAAAUUUUAUCAGCCAGUAAAGCAUGAUCGAUAAGGUCGAAUGCUUUUCUAUAAUCGAACAGGAUGACUCUGACAGCAGAGCCAGUGCCAUCAGUAACUUGCGACCAUUCAUGGAUCAUAGAUAUAACAGCGAGAGUAGUUGAACUACUUGGUAUUACUCCAUAUUGACUUGGAUCGAUUAUACUCAUGAUAGCUGGAGCAAUGUAUUUUUUAACAACACAGUCCUCGGCGAUUUUCGAAAUAGCGGCAGUAAGUGAAAUUGGUCGUAACUGCUUACAAAUGUCGCUAACGGGCUUAGUUUUUAUGAGGGGCACAAUGUUGGCAAGCUUCCAAGAUUUAGGUAGUUGUUGUUCGGCAUAGCUGCUGUUUAGCACAGCGCAUACUGGCUGUGCAAGGAUUUCAGCAUAUUCCUUAAGAGCCCAAUUGGGAAUUUCGUCAGGACCUGACGCCUUUCCACGAUUAAUUGCUUUCAAUAAAUGAAAGACUUCCAAUUUGUUCACUUGAAAAGAGGAAUAAUUAUCAAAGGGGGGAAGGGUUGACAGUGGAUUGAAGGAGUUCAUGGGCUCCAAAAAGGCGUUAUUAAUUAAAUUCGCAAUGUCAGGACGUUGCAUAUUCUCGAUAUCGUCUAAAUGAAGUUGACUACAUAGGUCAUCGGAGCCGGUUGUAGGUACCAUACCAGCAAUCUGCUUCACCUCCUUCCACCAUCUCUUCGGUUUGGUCGAUUUAAGAUUCUUUACUUUUGAAGAGUAGAAUUUCGCCCGGCAUGUCUUUCGCUCGCGGUUAACCCGAUUCCGGUAAUACUUGAACUGAAAGGUAUUUCCACUGCAGAAGGCAGCUUGACGCUUCCUUAUAAGCUCUUUAAAUUCUGCAGUAAUCCAUGGAGGAUCGUGUACAUGCAAAGCCGUUUUCUUUAUUGGCAUAAUGGUGCUAAUACCGAGACGUACUAACUCUUCGAAAUACUGGAGUUUCAUUUCGCAUGUGUCAAAAUGAUUCAGAGAGGACCAAUCGAUAGAUGUAAGGUAUCUUCCAAGCUCAUGCCUUUUACUAGAUCGUAAAUCUCUACUAGAGAUAAUUCUUCUACUGCAUGACUUGGGUUCUCUUUUGCAAGGAUUGACAAUCACAACAUUAUGAUCUGAAAGACCAAAUGGCGGAAAUUUUUGGACAGAGUUCUUAUCAUAAAACGAAUGUAAGUUGGUUAUUAUUAGAUCCAAAGUCUGGUUGGCCCUUGUGGAAACGUUAACAAUCUGUUUGCAACUGAACUGUGUUAAUAUCCGAUUGCAUUUUAACCGAUUAAAGUCGCCUGCAAGAAUAAACCCGCAGCCAGGAUAAGUGCUUUCAAUAGUAAUCAGUGAUGUGGAGAGAAAUUGGAGCAUUUCAUCAUCAUUAGCAUUAGGUGGAUGGUAAACGACACCAAACCACACGGUGCAUGAGUCAUUUGAAAGAAACGUAUCUUUUGAGAAGGGUAGAUAUCACGUUAAAUUACCCUUGAAAGAAAAACAUGAUAUUUUACCGGACAAUUAUGAUUUAAGUCUAGCACGAUUAGACUCGCAAGUGAAACGUUUAAGGCAAGAACCCAGUCUAUUUGAGGAAUACAACCAGAUAUUUAAAGAACAAUUAAGUCAAGGAAUUGUUGAAAAAGUUGAAGAUCAAAAUGAAGACUCAGUACCAGGCACUACACACUAUCUCCCACACCAAGCCGUGGUACGAAAAGAUGCAACCACUACAAAGGUGCGAGUUGUUUACGAUGCCAGUGCGAAAGUUAAACCAAAGUGCCCAUCUCUGAAUGAUUGCGUUCACACAGGACCAUCUCUGGCUACAGAUAUUCUAAAGGUUCUUUUGGGUUUUCGAGGACGAAGAAUUGGAAUGGUUGCAGAUAUUGAGAAGGCAUUUCUCAAUAUUGCUAUUGAUGAGGAACAAAAGGACAUGAUGCGUUUCUUGUGGAUUGAUGACAUAAACAAGGAAAAUCCAUAUGUUGAAGUCUACCGCUUCUGUAGGGUUAUUUUUGGCAUGAAGUGCUCUCCAUUUCUCCUGAACGCAACAUUACGUCACCACAUUACGAAUUACUAUUAUGAUGACCCUAGCUUUGCAGAAAGGAUUCUUUCAGAGCUUUACGUUGAUGAUUGGUCAGGAGGAGGAGAAUCCACAGAUGAUGCAUAUAUAAUGUAUCGACAGAUGAAAUCUUGUUUCGCAGCGGGCAAUUUUAAUCUGCGGAAAUGGGCUACCAAUAGUCCAGUAUUGAUGGCUCAGAUUCAGAAUGAUGAGGAAGUAUUAAAGUCACUAACCACAGAGCAUUUGAACAACACCGGUGAAAGUUCAUAUGCUAAAGAGUCGAUUGGCGGGCUGGAAGAAAUAGAAACCCCGAAGGAACAUAAGGUACUUGGGAUGAAUUGGGAUACUGACAGUGAUACUUUUGUUUUAAAGUUAACAAAAGUUGUUCAAUUUGCAAGAAAUUUAGAGCCGUCAAAACGGAAUGUUUUAAAGAUAGCAGCAAAACUGUUUGAUCCACUCGGACUUCGCUCGUCAGUUACUGUCUUGCUGAGAAUGCUUCUACAAGAAUUGUGUGCAGCUAAGUAUGAAUGGGAUGCAGUCAUAUCACAAUCCAAUCAGAAGGUGCUCGAGAAAUGGAUUGAUGAUUUAGAGACGGUGAGUUCUAUAGUUGUACCUAGAUAUUACUUUUUGGCAGAGGAGAGGCAUCCUGAAAGUGUGACUCUUCACGGAUUUGGAGAUGCUUCCCAAAAAGCUUGUUGUGCUGUCAUUUAUAUAUGCAUGGAAACAGACAGUGGCCGCACAACAAAUCUUGUUGCCUCGAAAAGUAGAGUCACCCCAUUAGCACCAAUGUCUAUCCCUCGACUUCAGUUAAUAGCAGCAUUGAUAUUAGCACGUCUCAUGUCAGUUGUUAAAGAGACUCUAAGCAAAAUCUUUAACAUCACGGAGACCACUUGUUGGACGGACAGCUCCACUGUCCUUCACUGGAUUAAGGGUAAGAAGGAUUAUAAACAAUUUGUACAAAACAGAAUCGACGAAAUUCUACGAUUAACUGAUUCAGAAACUUGGAGAUUUUGCCCAGGUUUAGAAAACCCAGCGAAUAUUGGUUCUCGUGGACAGAAGGCCUCAGAACUAGCACAAAAUGAUUUAUGGUGGAAAGGCCCGCAAUGGUUAACACUUGAUCCCUCUGCAUACCCAAAUCGUGAGUUUUCACAAAGUGAUGUAGAACUCUCCGAAGAGUGCAUGAAAGAAUGUCGCGUUAAAUUACCUACCAAGGGGAAUACCACAGUGGUUAAUGUGACAAAUGUUAGUGAAACACAUCCACCAGAAACAGUCGGUUCAACAAAAAUCUCAGAGAUAAUAGACCACAAGUCUUACAGUAGCGUAACCAAGUUGUUUCGUGUUACAGCGUGGGUUAAGAGAUUCAUUAGAAAUCUCAAAACGAAGAAAGCCUGUGGUAAAAUUGAUCCAUUGUUAAAGCCAAAUACACUCACUAUUGAGGAAAUUGAUGAUGCAGAGAAAAUUUGGAUCAGAGAAAUACAGGAACAUGUGAAGAAACAGAAGAAUUACCAAGAUCUGACCAACCAACUCGGACUUUAUGCCGAUGAAGAUCACAUUAUCAGAUGUAAAGGAAGAAUGGAAAAUGCAUCUACUGACGUGGAAACAAGGAGCCCAAUUCUCUUGCCGAGAGAUCACAGCAUUUCUCAAUUGAUCGUGGAGUCCUGUCACAAGAAAGUCAAACAUGGAGGAAUAAAAGAGACACUAACAGAGUUAAGGAGUAAAUAUUGGAUUCCAAAAGGUCGUCAAUUGGUGAGAUACAUUCUUAACCGAUGUGUAAAGUGUAGGAAAGUCCAUAGUGUACCAUUUAAACCGGUUAAACAAGCCAGUUUACCAGAACAUAGAGUCAAGGAAACAGCAGCCUUUACACAUGUGGGGGUCGAUUUUGCUGGACCUUUGUUUGUAAAAACUAGCGACCCUAAAAAGCAGAUGAAGAAGACAUAUAUAUGUCUAUUCACAUGUUCUACCUCAAGAGCUCUACAUUUGGAACUAGUACAUGACUUAUCAACUACAGCUUUUACUCGAUGUUUAAGACGUUUUAUAGCAAGGAGAGGAACUCCAGUAUCCAUUACAUCGGAUAACGCUAAGACCUUUAAAAAGGCAGAUAAGGAACUUGCGGAAUUGUUCAAAGAUAAGAAACUGGAAGAGUUCUUGACAACUGUUAGGAUCAAAUGGAACUUCAUAUUGGAACGUGUCCCAUGGUGGGGUGGAUACUAUGAACGUAUGGUACAGUUAGUUAAGAGGAGUCUACGUAAAAUACUCGGAAAUGCGAGAUUAACAUUUGAAGAGUUAACCACGGUGUUGACAGAAGUUGAGGGAUCACUCAAUUCUCGCCCAUUGACUUACGUAUAUUCGGAAUUGUCUGAUGGAGAACCAUUGACACCAUCACAUCUCGUAAUCGGAAGGCGGAUAUCAACAUUACCAGAUCCAGAGGAAUUUAGUGACAGUGAGGAAGAUAGUAAUGCAAUUGUACGGAGACAACGAUACUUGAGUCAAUUGUUGCAGCACUUCUGGAAGAGAUGGAACAAGGAGUACUUAGCUGAUCUACGGAAAUUUCAUCGAAAUAUUACAUAUACCAACAAUACGGUUCGGGAAGUAGAAGUUGGGGAAGUAGUUCUUGUGCAAGGAGAAGGUCUACCUAGGAGUCAAUGGAAGAUCGGUAGAGUUGAAGCUUUGCUUAAAAGUAAAGACGGUGAAGUACGAGGUGUAAAGUUACGAGCGUUGAAUAAGAAAGGGAAACCAAUCGUAUUACGACGUCCAAUUCAAAAACUUGUGCCAUUAGAGAUCAAGGAAGAAAGAAAAAACGAGGACAGUAAGGAGUCAAAACAAGAUGCAGACAUUCAGAAAGAAGAAAAACCAACAAAACAAAGGAGAAUAGCGGCAAUAAACGCAGACUUGAAAAGACAGUCCAUGAUUGACCAGUUGUGA